GUGGCAGACAGCGCAGGUCAGUAGCUGAGUGCUGUUCCUGGGAGGAGGAGUGCCUGCUAAGACAAUAUAAUUUUCUCCGGCGACCUGCUCUAAAAAUACGGAAGCACAAUAAAAUCAACGAAUGAAGCUGGGGUAGUGUGGAAGAUCUGUGAGCUAUACGCCAAUCGACGCUGGGUCAGAGACGUCUCUAACAUUGUUUUGGAGGCCUGUUGCUAACUACGGGGAAUCCUCGGACUAGCCCCGGUAGACACCGGGCCGAGGGAACGCAGAGGACCAGGACUGGAGCUCCGUGGGUUUUGUUUCACUGACCAGGUUUUUACUGACGCUAGCUGCUCUGUCUUACUAUCAAACGUAGACGUAACCUCUCGUGGCGGGUAUAAAUCACCGUAUCAAGACCACUUCAGUUUGACAGCUAGCUAACAUUAGCUCUGUUGUGUUUACCAGCUAACUCAGUCGAGAUCCCCUGAUGAAGUAGGCAUUUUUGUGUAUUUGUUUCAGUUAGGAUUUGCAUAUUUAUUGUCUGCCACCUGCCUGUUAGCUGAGGGUGAUUUGUAAGCCUGUUCUGCUUCUGUCUACGCGGACUGAAGGUCGCUAGCUCGCCAGCUAGAUCAAAAGGGCUCCUUGCUAAGGUUAUCACAUCUCCAGGCUUAUCUACUAUAGCCCAAAGUUUGUUACUUUGUUGGAUUGCAAGGAUCAGCGUAAUUGCUUUGUCUGCGCUGUCCUUAACUCUUUGAAUGUUACAGAAAGUUUGACUUGACCAGGAGGAAAAGACCUGUACGGAGUUGAUUUUACCAAAGAUAUAUUUACAUAGUUGAGAGACAGUGUCCCGGAUGAAGGCUCACAGAGAGGUGUGGAGUUUGAUGCUGUCAGGACUCACAGGUGUUACCUGUUCUGCUUGGCAUUAUUAAUCUCACAUCAGCAUCCACUAUCUGGCUGCACCAGAAGCAACCAACCCACUGUUUCAUUCGCUUGAGCUGAUUUGCUCAAGAAGGAUCUUCUUCAUAACAGACCACAAUGAAUCGUUACCUGCCGGUGGCACGACAGCACUUCCUGGCUGCCUUAGCCAGCACCAGUGUGGUGGUAAAAACUAUAAGUGCCGUGGUGGUGCUCCUCUAUCUAUUGUCAUGGGCCGUUGACACUCCAUACGCACUGGGGGUGACCCCAGGCUAUCUGUUUCCACCCAACUUCUGGGUGUGGACGCUGGUGACCCACGGGGUGGUGGAGCAGCAUGUCUGGGGUGUGGCGGCCAAUGUUGGGACAGUUAUGGCCUGUGGGCGCCUGUUGGAGCCUCUGUGGGGCGCUCUGGAGCUCCUGAUCUUUUUUGCAGUGGUUAAUGUGUCUGCAGGCCUCCUGGCAGGCCUCUCCUACCUCCUUACCUAUGUAGCCACCUUUGACCUGGACUUCCUGUUUGCUGUGCGUGUCCACGGAGCGGCCGGGUUCCUGGGAGGUGUCUUGGUGGCGUUGAAGCAGACCAUGGGGGAUACCACAGUGCUCAGAGUGCCACAGGUGAGACUCAAAGCAGCACCGGCUUUGGUCCUCCUCCUCCUGGCCUUACUGCGUCUCUCUGGGCUGCUUGACAGCUCUGCCCCGCUGGCUGCGUACAGCUACGGCGCCCUGUCCGGUUGGGUCUACCUGCGCUUCUACCAGAGGCACAGCCGGGGCCGCGGGGACAUGUCAGACCACUUUGCCUUCGCAAGUUUCUUCCCUGAGGCACUGCAGCCAGCCGUGGGGCUGCUGGCAGGGCUGGUCCACUCGGCUCUGGUGAAGAUGAAGGUAUGCAGGAAGAUGGUGAAGAGAUACGACGUGGGGGCACCCUCUUCCAUCACUAUCAGCCUCCCAGGCACGGACCCGCAGGAUGCCGAGAGGAGGAGACAACUGGCCCUCAAAGCUCUGAACGAGCGUUUAAAGCGCGUGGAGGACCAGUCUGCCUGGCCCAGCAUGGACGACGAGGAAGAUGACGACGAGGACGAGGUCAGAACUGACACACAGCCGCUCCUCCCAGGUGGACGUGAUCCCUCCUCCUCCUCCUCGUUGAGACCAGCAGGAGGUCCUGUCGGCGCCUCCCUCACCUCCACCUCCUCAUCCUCAAUGUCGCAGAGCGUCGGAGCGCCAUCCACAGGCGGAACACAACACCCAGAAUCCAGCAUUAUCAGCUUCGAGGAUGCACCUUCUAGAUCGUAACAAAUAGAACGCACGUGUACAGAUACGCACGCUCUGUUCGGUGUCACUGGCAAGUACUAGCAUUCAGCGCCUCUGGCUAGUACACUAAUAUGUUCGGUGACAGUGAUUAGGCAUACACUCACACACCAACACACACGACAUCUUUGACCAGUUCAUACACACAACCGUGCGCUCACAAACACUCUGUCAAUGUCAUCGUGAAGCCCAAAGGGGUGGUAACUGUACAGUGCUUUCAGUUCAGACAUUUUGGUUGUAAAUCCUCCGUGUAGUUGGGCAAAUUGGACACUAUAGUUCUUCUCUUUCUUUCUGCAUACAACGAAAGUCAACCAGAAAUUCUGUCUUGUCUGGACUCAAUCCCAACUUGCAGAGCUCUGUUCACUGCUUCAUGUGUCUCCUUCUCUUGGUUUCUAAAUAAAUAACAAAAUGGGUGUACAAUAUUCUUUUCUUAAGUCAUUUUCAGAGCAGCCAUAAUUGUUCUCUGAUUGCCUGCUACAAGAAAGCCAUCAAAGACAGAGACUCAUGCUGAAUUCUUGGUUCCCGAUGAAAGGCCGACUCUAUGCGCACCAGUUGGAUGAGCGCUAAAAAAUUGGCUGCAAGUGACAUUAGUUUUUGGUUUAUUGGUUCCAAGUAUGUAACUGGGUGUGAGGAAGUAUGAAAAGCAAGUGCUCAGCACCAACUGCUGGACCAGAGGAAAGAAGCUGCUGCAGGUCUGACCUGCUGAUGAACUAUGAUAUAAAACUCCAGGAUGUGCCAGGUGAAAGAAUUUCCCAGACCAGGUUCAUUUGCCACCUCGUGUCUCUCCGGAACAGCAGGAAGAGAAAUGGACUGUGUAUUCUUUUUUUUUUCUGUUCCCCAGAUUGUUGCUCAUUGGAGAACAAUUCUGUAUUCUUAUUUUUUCUUCUGGGUCUGUACAUCUCUAUACAAAAUCAAAAAAACAAACAAACUUUGUUUCCAUGCACUAACAAAACAUGUUAAUGGCGCUACACAGAUCUGUUGAUGAUGAUUAUGAUUCUUCUUGUUUUACGAGUUAUAUGUUUGUUAUAUUUUUAGGUGAGUUUCAGGCCCAAUCCUGGAACACCAUCCUGCAGCCUUUUACAUUUUCCACAUUCUGGGAUCUGAAGUGAUACAAGAAUUAGCAAUAGCUAUUCAGUUGAAUAUAGAUACAGAGAAGUGGUAUGUCAUGCUUGUAUUAGUCAUUUGGCAACAUUACAAAUGCAGAGGAGUGAUCAAGUGCAGGAGAAGUGCAGAGAUUAGCCUUGCUUGGGUAUACACAGAGUGUGCAGGUAUUUUUAGGAAUUUGAAUUACAAUGAUUGUGAGUUGCAGAUUCAGAGGAUGCAGCUAUGACGUGUCAGACACUGACUCAUGAGGAUAAAUUACUUCAGAGACAGAGGAUGUCUGCAUUGAUCAGUAGGGUUCAGGUUUCCCAGUCACAUCCUUUGCAUUUGUAACAUCUUUCAUUUCCAAAAUCACAGAAUAAGUUUCUAGGAGCAGCUAAAUUGUUUAAUCUAAAAUGUUUUAUAAAUUCUAUACAGACCAAAAGGUCAGUGAUUCAAUCAUUUUUUAGACCACCAUCACUGUAGAUGUCACAUUCUAUUAUGGCAAAAAUCAAAUCAGUAAAUUCCCAAUUUCCCAGCGUUCCCUGUUGAUUAAAGUCAAUUGCAAACAAUAAAUUAUUUCAGAGGCUGCGAUCACAGUGAUGACAAACAGAAACAUUAUUUUGUGUGAGCUUGUGAUCACAAGGUUGAAAAUGUCUCCAAGUUAAUUGAAAAUGCCCAAGUAGUUUAGAGAGUGAACCAUGAACCUCAGCUGCUCAUAUUUAAUGGUUUUGAAGGUGACGUCAGCAUCACCCCUCACCAUUUAAAUGUCUCUUAAAUCUUUGACAGUUGUUGUGGGAAAACAAGCUCAGUAAAUUAGGCUGCACAUUGUCCCUGGUCUGAUAACUGUUGUGUCUUUGUAGGCAGGCAAUGCCUGUAAUGUUUCUGAGACUAAAACAGAGCUGAUUGAUGGUCACUGCUGAUUAGUCAUAUUAGUCAUUACCACAGCAGGUUCCAUACACAGACCUGAAAAGCUCAGAGAACAUGGGGACAUGUGUGGAUGACAUAAAGGAAUAUACUGUUACACGUUUAAGUCAAAUUUAUAGUAGUUCUGUUUUUCCUAUUUAAUAUUCUGAUGUCUGUUUUGUGAAAAAUAAUAUUGGAGUGGCCUUACUGAUCAUUUUAUUUCCCCACUGUUUUAGUGAGCAUGCAUCAAACCAAAAAGCAAAUGACCAAAAUCAUCACAUCAAAUCAAAUGUAACAAAAGACACAGCAGGUUAUUUAUGACCUUCAUGCCCUCCAUCUUUAACCAGCAGGAAUCGCUUUAACAUCAACACAACUUUACCUCCACCUAGGCUGUAAUUGGCAAAAAUAAAGUGAUAGUUCACAUUGGACAAGGUAGAGCUGUAGAGACAGCCAACAACAAUAUCCUGCAUCUAGAAUACUGUAAAAAAAAUGUUUAAGCGGUCCACAGAAAUCUGAGCACAGAGUAAAGUUAACAACCAUUUCAUAAACAUCAUCUGGGAAAUAUUGGAAUUUGUCAAAAACUGCACUUAGACUGAUUCCUGAUCAGUUCAGCAGACUCAGUCUCAGUGUCUGGAGAUGAACUUGGCUGACACAUGUAAUAGUAUGAACUGAGAACAUCACAGAAUUGGGUGGUUUAAUAUUUGACAAAUGCAGAAAUAGUGCUAUAUGGCACAAUGUAUGAAGCCGUGGACCCUGAAAUAAUGUCCGGGCUUCUGUCAUGUCACUAGUGUAGUAGAAUGUGCUCCUGAGAAAACAUUGACCCUGCCUUAUAGAUAUCACCAGUCUAUUAUAAUUUACAGUGGCUCUCAUUUGUCCCCCUGGACUCCACCAUGCUUAUGUUCUAAUCUAGCAGCAUGUGACAGAUUAAAACAUUAUCAAGCAGUGCAAAUUCAGAUUCAUAUGUAGUGUUUUUGUUUUAACUCUGAGACUUUCACCCAAGCAAUGAUAAACAGUCGCUUUUUACCUGAUGGAAACGUGUUGUUUAAGGGAAGUGAUAAGCCAUAUUAGUGUGAUGAAACUGUGUGUUCUAUCCUGUGUUUCCUGUCCUUUCUCCUCAUUUCACUGUGCUCUUAUUUUGGCAUGCAGAGGUUUACGUAGGAUGAGUGGGGCCAUUCUUUUAAUUAAAUAUGAAUGAAUGAUAUUAUGUACCUGGAUGGACAUAGGGAUGAGAGACGUGUCUUUCAGACCAGAGCUGAUUCAGAUCCAUCUACAGUGUGGAGCUAUAUUCAAAUAUCUGAAAUCUCAAACUGCUUUCUACCAUCAAAAGUAUUCACAGUAAAAAUGGAGAAGUGUUAAAACAAACCUAUAAAUAGAGUAAUUACUGGUAGUAACAGUGCAGUCACAGUCUUAUAUUGUCAUUCUCAUAUGUUUUAUGUGCUAGAUACUCUGGAAAUGGCCUGAUGUUUUUUUUUUUUUUUUUUUUUGCUUAGCUGCUGGCACAACUCAGCUUGCAUCACACAGUAAAUAUCAGCAAUGCAGCAAAACACAUUCUAUCAUGGAUGCCUGCAGAUAACUGUGAAGUUGUGUAAUAUGGUCAAGUUGUGUAAUUUGAUCUGUGAAAAGGCAUAGGAACGCUGUAGUUGGCAGUCUGAGGUUUUAGACUCAGCCUGGCUAAUCUGACUCUCAGCCAAUCCUCCACUCUCCAUUCCUGUCCUCCUGUCCGCUUUAGUUCUCUGUAUUCCCAUUUUGUUCAGGCUGAACAGAAAAGACAGGAAUGCAGUCACAUAUUAAGUGUAUGAAUAAUGCCAAUGUACAGUUGGUGUAGACAAAGUGGAAGAGCUUCAGGUGAGGAAAAUGAAUGAUGUCAGUGCUGUUCACAAGCAGUCUAUGGUUAUUACAUUGCAGUGGCCUGGAACUACAAUGGCCAAUGAACAUGUGGCAAUUGCUGUCAUUGCAUUUGGUGACAUGCACGGUUCGUAAGUGUUUUUUUCCUUUACACCACUAUCACAGGCAGGUAGGUUUUUUUUUUUUUUUUUGGUCUAAUGGGUAAAAUGUGCAGGGUGUAUGGAGUGACACCAGUGUCCAUAGAUGAAAGCUGUUUUCUUGCCCUAAGAUGAAAGACAGAUUACAGAUUUGUUUUUGUCCUUUUUUUUCAUUUAAAAAAAAUAUUUUUCACUACUUUCAUUUUCCUCGAGUCCCUACUUUUGCACCAACAGAUCUUGUUCAUACUAAUGACAGUCUUUCUCUCUCUGUACUGUGGCUGUUCCACAGACUGUUCUGUUUUAGUUUUCAGAUAUAUUUCUUUAUCUCUAUAUGAAAUAAAAGAUGAUUGUAUGAAAUUAAA